GCUUUUGUUCAAGGUGCAAGAGAGGGAUCCCUCGGAGAGAUUCUCACAUCUUUAAUUUGGAUAGCUAGCAAAACUCCAAAUUUAUUUUUUAAUAAGAUGCAAUGUUCAAAAGAAACAAUUGCUAGGCUGUUCUACAAUGUCUCAAGCUCCUUUCAACUUUUCUUGCUCUUCUCAUAUCUCACUUCCAUUUUUCUUGCCAAGAUCUUCCAUCUCCUUGGUGGCAACAUCUUUUUCCCAAGGAAUCAAGCAGUAUAUGAGUUUGCAGCAUUUUCGGAUGAAGAAACGGAAGAUGAAAAUGUAUAUGAAAAUAAUUACCAUGUUGGAUCAUCAAGAGAGCAACAUCAUUUUGCUUCCAACAUAAUUCAGGAUGAUCAACAUCAUGCGACUUUCAAUGUUGAGGCCGAAGAAGAAAAUAUAGAAAGUGUUGGUGAUGAUGAUGAUGAAGAAGAAGCGUCCAUUUAUAGCUCACCCGCGACGGAACCUAAUAUUCCUAGUAAUGAAGAAGCAGUUGAAGAGAAGAUUCCCAUGGGAGAUAAUGAUUAUUUUAAUUCUCAUGAAAAUAAUAAUACAACCGGUCCCACAUUUUCAUCUCCUGCUGGCAGAAAUUCAAAGAGAAAUGUUUCGGACAUGUCACAUGAAGAUGAUGAAGAAAAUAUUUGCAAGGAGUUGAUGGAAAGAGAGAAGAGAGUGGUGGAAGCAAAUUUGAUGCAAGGGGAGGCGGCCAAGAAUAAUAAUAAUAAUAAUAAUAAUAGUAGGUUGUUGAAAAUACAAGAGGACAGAGAAGAAAAUGAUGAAAUAUUUGGGGAUUCUUGCACCGUUGGAUCAACUUCAAAGAGCUCAUCUGAAUGGAGAAGCUCCAUCAAGGAUUCUUGCACUGACGAUCCAUUCUCUUCAUCUUCAAGAAGAAGUUGCCCCAAGUGGGAGUCAUACACUGUUUUCCAAAAGUAUGAUGAAGAAAUGCUCUUUUUGGAUAGAAUUAGCGCCCAAAAACUCCAUGAAACAGAAUCACUUAGGUCAAUAAAAUCAAAUCCAAGAUCAAUAUCAGACAGGAUUGUGUAUAAGCUUGCACCAAAGAAACAAAGAACACUGAAUUUUCAACACAACCCAUACAAUGAACUAGAGGGAGCUUAUGUGGCACAAAUAUGCUGGACAUGGGAAGCUCUCAACUGGAACUACAAGUAUUUCCAGCGCCUUAGGGCUUCCAAAUCGGAUCAUGGUUGCCCUGCCUAUAUUGCCCAGCAGUUUCAGCAGUUUCAAGUCCAUCUCCAAAGGUACAUAGAAACCGAGCCAUAUGAAUAUGGAAGGAGGCCUGAGGUUUAUGCUAGGAUGAGACUCCACAUUGCUCCAAACUUGCUACAAGUCCCUCAAUAUAGAGAUUCGGAUGAGGAGAAAAGAGAAGAAGGGUUUUGCUCAAGGAUUCCAUCAGAUUCAUUUCUUCAAAUAAUGGAGGAAGCAAUCAGAACAUUCAUGAAUUUUCUCAAAGCAGACAAGGAGAGCCAUUGCCAAAUAAUAGCAUCUUUUUUCAAGAAAAACACAAGAGGGUCAGCUGAUCCAACUCUUCUCCUCCUCCUCAAGAGAGAAAACAAAAGAAAAAAGUCAAAGUUGAAAGAUAUGAGAAAAUCAGGUGGGAAAUGCUUGAGGAAAAGGAGGUUAAAAGAGGAGGAAGAAUUGGAGAUAUUGAUGGCAGAAAUAGACCUGAAAGUGGUGUCUAGGGUUCUGAGAAUGAAAGAGCAGAAUGGUGAGCAAUUGCAUUGGUGUGAAGACAAGAUGAGCAAAGUGAAGAUCAGUGAUAAUGGGAAGUUACAUAGAGAUUCUUCACCCCUUUUCUUCCCAGCACACUGACCCAUCCCAUCCACCAACGUAUAAACCAUGCAUGCUAGCUUUAGAGCUAGCCGGAUGGGCCUACCUAGCUUAGAUUAUUGUUUCUAGCUUUUGAUGAUGACUAGAUGAUGAGUCUGCAUGCAUGCAAUAUUCCUCACUUUCAUGCAACAUGUUGAAUAUCCACACCCUAUCUUUUUUUCUUAAUUCUUUACAUCCACAGAUUCAAUCCACUCGUGCAUGUAAUGCACCGACUCUUAAUGGAGCGUGGAACGUGGCUAGUGUUUAUUAUACUAGUAGACUAGUAGUUUUGUGU